CCCACGGUACGUGAUGUUUCCCCGCAUAUUUUCCGAAGCCGUUCAUCAAGGGGCAACCAUACUUUCGACGCCUUCUUCAGCUCACAAAUUCCAUCGCUCGGCGACAACAUGUAACGACAACACUCAUGCAACAUACUGGGGCAGCGUUUCUCGAUAGCAUCGGGAAACCUGAGGUUCUUCUCGGCCACAGUCAAGGCGGCGUAUACCCACCCCUAAUUGCAGACGUGCGGCCCGCGUUAACCCGGGCCUCCAAUGUCAUCGAGCCGGCCGGUCCUCUUUUUGAACAGGCCGUUGCAAGUAAUAGUUCAGCACGCGCGUAUGGAAUGACCGGCCCUCCACUCACAUACUCGCCACCACUGAUAGGCCCAUGCACGGUUCUUGUCAAGCGGACUAAGUAAGAUCUAGUCCCUUGUAUUCUCCAGACCAGACCAACUCGAGCGAGCCGCGACAACUGACC